AUGGUGUCAGUGGAGGUCUCUGUGGUCUUUGUGUUGAGCUGUGUGCUGAUGAACGCCAGAGCUCUGAUUGACUCUGAUGAUGUCAUCACCAGAGAUGAACAGAUCUUUCUUCUUAUUGAUGCACGGGCGAGGUGUGAGAGAAGCAUCCGUGCACAGUUGGAUGUGGUCAGAGAGGAUCACUGUGUUCCUGAAUGGGAUGGGAUCAUUUGCUGGCCCAUGGGAAAGCCUGAUCAGAUGGUUGCAGUUCUGUGUCCUGAGUACAUCUAUGACUUCAACCACAAAGGUUACGCAUAUCGCCACUGUGACACAUCAGGCGACUGGGAGCAGGUGUUCACUAUAAACCGGACAUGGGCCAACUACACAGAAUGCACCACCUACCUGCACACUAACCACAGCAAUCAGGAGGAGGUCUUUGAGCGACUUUACCUCAUGUACACUAUUGGAUACUCUAUAUCACUGGCUUCAUUACUGGUGGCUGUCUUUAUCCUAUGCUAUUUCAAACGUCUCCAUUGCACCCGUAACUACAUCCACAUCCACCUCUUCACAUCAUUCAUAUGCCGAGCAAUAAGUAUAUUUGUGAAAGACGCCGUUCUUUAUACUGUCACAGAAGAGGGCAAACUAGAAGAUGGGACCAUUGGACAGAGACCCUACAUGGUGGGCUGCAAGGUUGCUGUGACCCUCUUCCUGUAUCUCUUGGCAACCAAUCAUUAUUGGAUCCUGGUGGAGGGUCUGUAUUUGCAUAGUCUGAUCUUCAUGGCCUUCCUGUCUGACAAAAACUGUCUGUGGGCUUUAACAAUCAUAGGCUGGGGAAUACCCGCAGUGUUUGUAUCCAUAUGGGUCAGUGCCCGGGUGUCUCUGGCAGACACACAGUGCUGGGAUAUAAGUGCAGGCAAUCUGAAAUGGAUCUAUCAAGUACCAAUCCUGGCUGCCAUUGUUGUAAACUUUUUCCUCUUCCUUAAUAUCAUCCGGGUUUUGGCCUCUAAGUUGUGGGAAACAAACACAGGAAAACUGGACCCUAGACAGCAGUACAGGAAGCUGCUGAAGUCAACCCUGGUGCUGAUGCCGCUGUUUGGAGUUCAUUACAUGCUGUUUAUGGCUCUUCCAUACACGGAUAUAACAGGUCUGCUGUGGCAGAUUCAGAUGCAUUAUGAGAUGUUCUUCAACUCUUCUCAGGGUUUCUUUGUGGCGUUUAUUUACUGCUUUUGCAAUGGGGAGGUGCAGGCAGAGGUUAAGAAGGCAUGGCUGAGACGCAGUCUUGCAUUGGACCUGAAGCAGAAGGCGCGUGUCAAUAGCAGUGCGGGAUGUGGAAGUGGCUAUUAUGGAGGCAUGAUGUCACACACCACCACACAGAGUGUGUGCCUCAGUGUCAGCGGCACUAAAGGCCUGCCUCUGGGGACCAUGGGGGCCAAAGGACAAUCACGACUCCACCAUUCAGGAAACUUACCUGGGUAUGCACCUCAUGACACAGAGACUGUGUUUUUUACAGUGCGGCAGCAUGAACCGGCUCUGAGGAUGAAUGAUGGGAAAAAGUCUCCAUGCAAGCAGACCAGCAAGAAUGCAAAGGAAAGUGAGCACGAUUUUGAGCCACGUUUUGUAGCAGAUGAUGAACAAUCUGGUUCCAUGUCUUUGAAAGAACUGGAAACAAUGCUUUGACGGUCUUCUGGCUGAACAUUAACAGUGCAGAAGCCCUCAGUAUUAGAUAGUCUAUAUUAAUAAAAAGUUAAGCUCAGUCGACAGCACUUGUGGCAUACUGGUUUUCACAGGUAUGAAUUUCAACUCAAUUCUCAUUUCUUAAAAGUCAAGUCACAUGAUGUAAACAAUGUUAACAUGAAUCUAGUGUGAAAAAUCACUUACUAACCUGUUUUUGUGUAAAAAUUGUAUUCGGUUUGACAACGUUGUUGCCAUGACAAUGGAACACCAUAAAACUCAAAGACCCUAAAAAAAAAAAAUGACUGU